AUUCUGUCAAAUGAAAAUUCCUUUCAUUUUCAUUCAGUUUUCAUUUCUUUCAUUCAUCGGCCUGAGAGGAGUAAUAGUGUUCUGUGCUGAGAGGCCUGAGAGAGGGCAGUUCAGGCGUAGUUAAUUUGAUAUUUCUGCACUUGUUCUCAGUCAAACGUAGUGAAAUAUUUGACUUUGUCUCAGUCAAGAUAAACGACUCCACGAUAAGCAAAAAUGAUACUAAUCGGGGAGACACUAGGCGCGAGACAAAAAUAUCUAAAUUUUCAAGUGAAUGACGCUGCAUCGAACAAUGUAUCCUUCCAAGAAAUUAAAGAAAACCCCGAAGAGAAUGAUGCGGACAAAUUGUUCAAGAUCGACUUAGCUGGUAAAUAUAAAAAUGUGGACUACAUCAUCGAAGUAUUGAAGUGUGCCGACAGUUUAUACAUCUCAAGGGCGCUGAAAUUCACUUUUCUUUACGACGAUGAAUUUGCAUCUAUCAUCAACCCAGCAAAUCUGCACGAUAAUAUACUCCCAUUUAUGUCGAGAAAAAUGAAGAAAAAGUUGCUAUCAACAAUUUCCAUGAACGUCAGGAAUGAGGAACGUGCUAAAGCCUUUCACCAGUACUGCAUUAAAGCCAAACUGCAAAAGAUUGCGUCCAAAUUUCUUAUUUUUACAUCGGGUGAAUAUAAAACCAGUUUUCUUGAAAAUGAUUUCAAUACUUUCCAGACUAAUUUUCAAGAAGAAAAUGAUAUUAAAUUUUUCAUCGGAAAUAAUACUACCUUAGCAGGUCUUUAUCUAGAAAAGAUUCACGAAAACCGAAGGCCCAGGGCGCUAUAUAUACUGCGAUACCUUUAUUUAAUCGAUCCUAAUCUUUACCUGAAUUGGGUGGAACAAUAUUGUCAAAAAAACCGUUUAAAUACUUUGGGGCUCAGAAUUUCUAAAGAUAUCAUGAAGAAUCACAAGAAUCGGGUUAUUGGAAAUUUUCCCAUGUAUUGUAAUGUUGUGAAUAAAAACAUGCUGGUUAAAUAUAUGUCAUCCGACGAUGCUAAAGUUUGUAUACCCACUCUUUUGCCAGAUACAGUAGAAAAGUUUUGGAAUAGUAACUUGGGAAAUAGUUACGAAUUCAUUAUCAAUUUGAUUCCUACUGAUGAAAGGUAUAUGUUUAUCAAAUCCAUGUUUGUUAAUAAAUAUCCAGGGAAAGCGUUUGAAAUGUCAUCUGAAUUUUACAACUCGAAGUAUUAUAGAUAUAUGUCCGUCGAGGAGAGAGAAACUUGGGCACUUCUUAAAUUAUCCAGGCAACACAUACCAGAUUAUAAAUUGUACAGAUUUGUAAAGUAUGACAAAGCUAUCAUUGAAAUCAAGAAACUCAUAUAUAAAACACCCAGUGCCGACAAACGAUCUGACAUCAUAAACGUUUUGGUUGAAUCUGCAAAUAAUCAACGCGAUUUGGAAAACCUUUUUAAAUAUUACUACGACAGACACGUGAAUGAGAGACAAACGUAUAAAGAACAAUUCUUAAAAAAAGUUAUUUACAAGCACAAGACGUUUGAGUUCGAUGAAAGUUGCUGGGCUGCCUUUGAAAAAUUUAUUGACAGUCUUGAUAUUUACAAUUCCGAGAAAGGCCUUAAUCACUAUCAAAAUAAUAUGUAUAGGUUGUAUUUACAAGUUUCUUUACUUUACUAUAUUAGCAAUGGCAAAGAAUUGACAGAGAGAUUAAAGAAUUAUGUUUAUUCAUAUGAAUUUUAUCUAAAAUCAAUAAAAGAACAUGUACAAGCAAUGGAUGAAGACAAAGCAAUCCUGGUUUAUCGUUAUUUGCUAGAAGAACAAGUAGAUAUACUCAAGCAAUUAGAAAGUAAACCGUACGAUUGUAAUAUUCAGGACCGUGCACGUAAUGUCAUAAACAAUAUUGAAGAUAUAACCGCAAUACUUGAGGAGAAGGAACCUGAUAUUGUGACAAAGUUUAAACAGCUUGAUUCCAAUUACUUUUUCCCAAAAAAAAUUUCACUAUCAGUGACCGAAAGUGAUUUAUUAAAGUUAUUGAAAAAAGAUCCCUCAUCGAUUAAGAAUAAUCUGGAAAAAAUUAAACACAGCAUCACCAAUUGGCCUUACAUAAAACUUAACGUAUUUCUAAAGAAGUUAAAAAUUUACUUCACAAAUGAUCUGGCUCAGGAUUAUUUAAAGUUUUUAAUAGAUAUACUGUCAACUGAGGAGUCAAGCAGCACAGAAAUUAUGGCGGCAGUAUUCGGUAUAUUCCAAUUAGCAGAUGAAACAUACAAAGCUGAGUUCAUGGCAGAGAAAGCUCCUUCUGAUGGUAAAAUUGAUCACAGCAGUAUAAACAGGAAUCUCUUGUAUACUCAGGGGGCCAUAUGCCGCUUUGCGGGUUAUUCGAGAAAGGAAGUACCUCAAUCUGAAUUGUUGAAGUACAUAAAGAGAGACUAUGUUAGUUAUUGUUUACCUCUUUUCAACAUGUAUCCGGCAAACUUUCCAUUGGCAACUUGUUUGAACUUCGUAGAAUCACUACUCGAUUCAGCUGUGUCUGUUCAGAAGCAUGCUUUGCGAUUAGCCUUUCAAUGUUUCAGUAUUGAAAACUUAAAGAAUCUUAUUCAGAAAAUUUGGAAAACGUCUAAAAAUAUAUCUUUACGUAUGGUUAUAUACACUUAUCUUUUCAAAGACAUUUUGGGGAGAGAUAACGAGAGUCAAUGUGAUAUGUUUGAUCUCUUGUUGGCUUUAACCCUGGAUUUGAAUAAAGACGAUCAUCCAGAUAUUAUAGAUGUAGUCACUACUCAAUAUAAUAGAUUACCAUGUACCGAACGCUUACGUGGUGCAUAUGUUGUAGCUGCUUGGAAAACACUCUCUCGAUUUUCGACUGCAAGUAACCCUGGAAUUAAAGAAAGAGCGAUACGCAAUAUUCAGGAGAACAUAAAUUUGAUAAAUAAAGAAAUAAUUCGAGAAAUUCUAGAUGACUAUUUCAACACAAUCUUCAAGAAAAAUUACAUAGCACCAGUACAAAAGGACGUAAAUACUAUUGAACAAGGUCAAGGCGAUGGGUCAGUGUGCGAUGACCGGGGAUCUAUAUUCGACCCGUUGAAUAUGCGGAAGUUUGAUCUUGCCGUAACGUAUAUUAAGGUUUAUAAUGACGAAGAAAACUUUAAAAGCAGUGCAGACUAUGUUAAUUUGGUUGUAAGUAAAUGUCUGGAAUAUUGGAAUGUAACAUUCGGAUACUCUUACUUAUACCGGGAUUAUUGUCGGCGCUUUAUAAAUGCUCUUGUCCUAGAAAGGUACUUACAUGGUAAAUCCUCUUACACUGGUAUGACCAAAAUAUUUGAAAACAUUUUACAUUUACUACAACAGUCUUUACCUUUACAUAAAAUUUAUAUAAUUACAUGGAGUCUUCGUCUUGUAAUAAAUGGUAACAAAAUAUUAGUGAAAUGCAUAGAAAACAAGGACAAAGGUCGUAUUGAAGUAGCCAAAGAAUUUGCUAAAGAAUACGCCAUUGCAAUAAAUGAAGCGGUGACAGAAUAUGUACAGACAGAUACAUUCAUCUGGUUGAUGGUGAACGAAAUGGUUAAUGAAAUUCAGAAGGUAACUAAUGAAAUUGUCAAUGAAUUAUAUUACCCGUUUAUUCGGAAUGAGUUGCCUGCUGAAUAUCUACAAACAUACAUAGCUUUGGAAUUGUCUGCAGUCAAUACUAAUAAAACUAUAGCUGCUGUAUUUGCACUUAAACUCGUAAGGGGUAAAAUGAAAGAGGCAGAAGCCGUCUAUAAGAAUCUUAAGGCAAUGGAUGACAUCACCAUCCAAACUUUGUUGUAUAUAAAUAAUAAAUAAUCUGUAUAAGAAUAAAUAUUAUUACUGACUUGUGAUAAGUAAAAGGUUUUACAAUAAAAUAUAAUUUACGAUUA